AUGGGCUCCAUCAACUUUCCGGCGGAGGAAGAGCGCAUCUUGGAGCACUGGACGACAACAGAUGCCUUUCACCGCCAGCUCGAACUCUCCAAGGACGAACCUCCUUAUGUCUUCUACGAUGGCCCACCGUUCGCAACAGGCACCCCUCACUAUGGCCAUCUCCUCGCAUCCACCAUCAAGGACAUCAUUCCCCGCUACUGGUCCAUGAGAGGACGAUUCGUGGAGCGAAGAUUUGGCUGGGAUACGCACGGUGUGCCAAUUGAACAGAUAAUCGAUAAGCAACUUCAAGAAGAGCUGGGUGUGCGAGGAAAGGCGGCUGUGGACAAGAUUGGAAUCGAGGAAUACAACCGACGAUGUCGCGCCGUUGUGCUCACAUAUGCCAACGAGUGGAGAAGAGUCAUUGGACGUCUGGGACGAUGGAUCGACUUUGAUCGAGAUUACAAGACUAUGGAUCCGACGUUCAUGGAGACUUGUUGGUGGGUGUUUGCCCAGCUGUACAAGAAGGGUCUUGUCUACCAUGGUGCGAGAGUGCUGCCAUACUCCACUGCACUGAAUACUCCGCUGUCAAAGAGUGAAGCUGGUGAGGAAUACAGAGACGUUCAAGAUCCGGCAGUGACGGUCUCAUUUCCUGUGCUUCCCGUCGAGGAGCAGCCAGAGUCUGUGCGGUCAAAGCUGGAAGAAGCCUUGAAGGUCGCAGGUGGACCUGUCAAUUUUGUUGCAUGGACGACCACGCCCUGGACAUUACCGAGCAAUCUCGCUCUGUGCGCUCAUCCAGACUACGAAUACAUUCUCGUUCACGACAAUGAGACCGCCAGCACAUUCAUCAUGCUCGAAGCUGGUCUCAAAACACUCUUCAAGGACCCAAAGAAAGCCAAGGAUAAGUACAAAGUGCUGCCUCUGAAGAUCAAGGGAUCUGAUCUUGCUGGAUGGAGAUACAAGCCUCUUUUCGACUACUUCUACGAGACCUUCAAGAAAGACGGUUUCAGGGUCAUUCUGGACACAUACGUCAAGCAAGACGAGGGCGUUGGCAUCGUUCAUCAAGCGCCUGCUUUUGGUGAAGACGAUUAUGCUAUCGGUUGGCGAUACGGCAUCAUCAACGCCGAGCGACCGCCACCGAACCCUCUCAACGCUGGCGGCGAGUACACAGAUGAAGUCCCAGACUUUGAGGGUCAGCAUGUCAAGGCUGCCGACAAGAACAUCAUGAAGCACCUGGAAGGCGUUGGACGUAUGGUCCGCAAGUCGCAAAUCACUCACAGAUACCCUCACUGUCCUCGAUCCAAGACUCCCCUGAUUCAGCGAGCCGUACCCAGUUGGUUCAUCAAAGUCGAGAACAUUGUACCAAACAUGCUCGACAACCUAGAAAAGACUCAUUGGGUUCCAUCAAUGGUGAAAACCGGCCGAUUCCACCAGUGGCUGGCUGCUGCAAAGGACUGGAACGUCAGCAGAAAUCGCUUCUGGGGUACGCCUUUGCCCUUGUGGGUAUCUGAUGACAUGAAGGAGGUUGUCUGCGUGUCUUCUGUUGCCGAGUUGAAGAAGCUGUCGGGCUAUGAAGGCGAGCUCAAGGAUCUCCACAGAGAUUCUGUCGACCACAUCACCAUCCCGUCGCAACAAGGCAAGGGCACUCUGAAGCGAGUGGAAGAGGUCUUCGACUGCUGGUUUGAGUCUGGAUCAAUGCCUUACGCAUCAUCACACUACCCAUUCGACUAUCCUGGUUUCGACGCCUCAAACCCAGAGAGCGGGUUGUCUCGGGAGGACGGACCUGGCAAAGAGCUCUUCACCAAGUACCCGGGCGACUUCAUUGCUGAAGGUCUUGACCAGACGCGAGGCUGGUUCUACACUCUGUCUGUCCUUGGUACGCACUUAUUCAACACGUUCCCUUACAAGAACUGCGUGGUCAACGGCAUUGUGCUUGCGGAAGACGGCAAGAAGAUGUCGAAAUCACUGAAGAACUUCCCGGACCCAAUGCUUGUCAUCGACAGAUACGGCUCUGAUGCUCUCCGACUGUAUCUCAUUGACUCACCCGUCGUGCGUGGCGAGCCGCUGCGCUUCUCCGAGCUGGGUGUCAAGCAGAUCGUGUCAGGCGUACUUCUUCCAUUCUGGAACUCCUACAACUUCUUCGCUCAGCAAGCUGCCCUCUACAAGAAGAACACCGCAGAGGGCUUUGUCUUUAAUCCAGAAAUGCAGAAGUCCAAUCACAACGUCAUGGACCGAUGGGUUUUGGCCGCCACUCAGUCGUUGCUUCAGUACGUCAACCAGGAGAUGGAAGGCUACCGUCUGUACACCGUUGUGCCUCGUCUGCUCAAGAUGGUCGACGAUGUCACCAACUGGUACAUUCGAUUCAACCGAAACCGAUUAAAGGGACAGACUGGAUCGACUGGAGGUAAAGCGACAGCGAACGGCGCACCUGCUGAGGUCAACGGCGUGGCAGAAGAAGAGGAAGGCAGCCGGACAGACACUCUACACGCACUCAACACACUCUACGAGGUCCUGUACACCCUAGUCAGAGCACUAGCGCCUUUCAUCCCCUUCUUGAGCGACAACAUCUUCCAGCGACUGGCACCCCAUCUGCCUGAGUCCAUCAACAAGGGCAAGGAUGUGCGAAGCGUGCACUUCUUCCGCUUCCCAACUGUCCGUCAAGAGCUUUUCGACACUGUCGUUGAGAGGCGAGUCAGUCGGAUGCAGAAGGUCAUCGAACUCGGUCGCAUCUGCAGAGACAGGCGGACGGUCUCGUUGAAGACGCCACUCAAGACUUUGGUAGUGUUACAUCAAGAUCAGGAGUUCCUCGAUGAUGUGCAAACGCUAGAGCGAUAUGUGACCGAGGAGCUGAACGUCCGCGAUCUGGUCCUUACCACCGACGAGAGCAAGUACGGUGUAGAAUAUGCCGUGCAAGCUGAUGUCAAGAACUUGGGCAUGAAGUUCAAGAAGGACGCUGCCAAGAUCAAGGCCGCGUUACCAAAGCUCUCCGCGCCAGAGAUUCACGGCUUCCUCGAGUCUGGCGGUAUCACGGUCGAAGGCCACCAGCUUAGUGCCGAAGAUUUGCGUGUGCAACGGAAUCUGAAGCAGAGCAAAGAGACCGAGAACUUCGAGCCGGGUGUCGAUGCAGAUGUGAUGGUCUUGCUCGAUGCUUUUGCCUACCCCGAGUUGGCUCAAGAAGGCCUUGCUCGCGAGGUCCUGAACCGCAUUCAGCGGUUACGCAAGUCCGCUGCCCUCGUACCGACCGAUGAUGUUCAGGUUGCGUAUACAGUGCUGUCGCCUGUCGCCGUCGAUGCUACGGACGGAGCAGUAUCAAAUGGAGAGAAGAAUGCGGUGUCCGAGGUCAGUAGGCUGGAGCAAGAGCGUCAAAUCGACGAAAUGUUCGAACAGCAAAAGGCAACAUUCGCAAAGGCUGCCAGCAAAGGUGUCGUACGAGAUGCAAGCUCUCCGUCUGGCAUCGUCGCCGAGGAAGAGACGGAUGUGAAAGAGAUCCGACUUCUGCUCAAGCUGUUGAAGGUCUGA